AUGGAGGAGAUUACAGAUAAGUGUGCAAAGUUAAAGCUGUCGUUGAAAGAAGAUGUUGAAGUAGCAAUCCAUGCUCCAAUGCCAGAGGAGGGUCUUGUCCUUCUUGGUAAAUUUUGUACUAAGCGAAAAAUCAAUUUGGAGUCGGUGACCAGAGUUUUGAGAUCGAUUUGGAAAGCGGAACACAAUUUCGAGGUCAACGAUCUGGGGGAAAAUAAGGUAAUGUUUCUUUUUCAAUCGAAGGAUGAUAUGGAUAGGGUUUUAUUGCUCAAUCCGUGGUCUUUCGAUAAAUAUUUGUUGAUCCUUCAUAAGAUGGUGCGUGGUGAGGCGGUUAAGGAUAUAAAGUUUAAUAGGUCACCAUUUUGGAUUCAAAUACACGGGCUGCCCACAAUGUGUCAGACUAAAGAAGUUGGAAUAAGUAUCGGAGCAACCUUAGGGGAGGUGGUGAAGGUGGAUGCCAACAGGGAAGGUUUUUGCUUGGGGAACUGUCUGCGCAUAAGGGUUAUUCUGGAUGUUUCCAUGCCAUUAUGUCGGGGUCGGAAGGUGCGUUUAGGGGAAUAUGGUUUAAAAUGGGUGGACUUUAGAUACGAGAGGCUUCCUAUAUUUUGCUAUCUGUGUGGGAAGAUUAACCAUGAUGAAAGGGAUUGUUUGUAG